AACAGUUUCCUUUUGAAUUGUGCAAAUUUAAUGUGUGAUGAGCAGAGAGAGAGAGAGAGAGAGAGCGAGCGAGAGAGAGAGAGAUCGCUUCCUCACUGCCGGCUGCGCCUGAGCGCGAGGCAAGGAGGAGCCUGCGUUUGGCAGCAGGACACAGUUUGAUUGUUCGCGCGGCGCCGCGGAGUCAGAGGAGAGAAGAAUCGGAGGAGAGAGGAGCCCGGUGCUCGGCUCUCAUCAGCUGAAUACAACCGACGGACGGGUCCAGCGCAUCAUCUCAGACUAAAGGAGAGAGUUAUACAGACCGCACUUGUGUAGCCUUGUCUUCAAUGGGUCGGGACAAGCCCUGAGCUGAUUGGCAAUAGUUCUGAGCUCUCCCCACAGAAUCGAAUUGCAUCAACAAUGUUACCAUUUUAAAAGUUCCCCGAUUUCAUUGGAUCGUUAGAUUAAACUGAUUUUCUACCACUUAAAUACUGUGGAGUGGAUUCUGGACUAUUACUGAGUUAACUUAAUCCUUUUAAAAUAUUUAUUCUGCAAAUGGACGAGCAUCUUCGGACUUAACCGCGGCGGAGCAGAGGUAUUGGCUCUUGCUGGGAGAGGCGGCGUCCUGGAGCCUUGAUUUUCGCAAGGGGAUUACUUAUCUGCAGAAAGCCUGUCCUUUAAAUCCGCCCCGGCACUUCCACCGGAGCGUUGCCGUGGUCAGACGAUAAUUUUGAUACGACGGACCUGCGUUGUGCCGUCGGUCCACUUUGCAGCUCGUCGGGAACUGCAGCUCACUGCCGAAACGACAAGAGGAAAUACUGUAGCCUGACUCAAUCGCAAACUUCAGCCGGCACUGGACCACAAACAGACAGUGGCCAUGCCAUGGGCAUCUGAGAGACUGCUAACUCUGCUGGGGGUCGCCACUCAUCUACUUUAAAAUUGGACCCCCUGGGGCAGGAAAAUCAUCCGAAAAAAAAAAAAAAUCUGUGUCAGAGAACGUGCCCCCCAGAGCGCUCAGUGGCGGGGGCCCGAACGUCGCCAUGGGCACGGUGCUGUCGCUGUCUCUGUCGCCGGGGUCGCGGAAGCCCAGUUACUAUGACGACCGGCCCAGCUCCCUCUGCCACUACCCCAGCCUGAGCGGCCACUCCCUGGGCGGGCCCAAGGACCACGGCGGCGGCGGCGGCGGCGGCGGCGGCCUCAGGCGGAACUCCAUCCUGCUCCCCGCGCUCACCUGGAAGCGGCUGGUGGCCUCCACCAAGAAGCGGGGCUGCCGCAAGGCCUUCCCGCCGGCCUUCCCGCCGGCCUUCCCGCCGGGCCUUCCCGGGGCCCCCGGGGGCCCCCUCGGCAACAACAACAACAACAUCUACCGCCAGCGGGAGGUGGCGCACCUGAACCGCCAGAACGUGAAGAAGUCGCUCUCCUGCGCCAACCUCUGCAGCUACGACGGCCCGCCGCCGGGCCCCGGGCGGCCGCCGCUCCCCGCCUCCGCCGCCGCCGCCGCCGCCGCGGGUGUCGGCACCCCGCCCAAGCGCGUGAUCGUCCAGGCCUCCACCAGCGAGCUCCUGCGCUGCCUGGGCCACUUCCUGUGCGGCCGCUGCUACCGGCUCAAGCACCUGUCGCCGGCGGAGCCGGUGCUCUGGCUGCGGAGCGUGGACCGCUCGCUCCUCCUCCAGGGCUGGCAGGACCUGGCCUUCGUCACGCCCGCCAACGUGGUCUUCCUCUACAUGCUGUGCCGCGACGUGGUGGACGGCGACCUGGUGGCCAGCGAGAGGGAGCUCCAGGCCACGCUGCUCACCUGCCUCUACCUGUCCUACUCCUACAUGGGCAACGAGAUCUCGUACCCGCUCAAGCCCUUCCUGGUCGAGCCGGGGAAGGAGGCCUUCUGGGACCGGUGCCUGCGCAUCAUCGACGCCACCAGCGCCAAGAUGCUGCGCAUCAACGCCGACCCGCUCUUCUUCACCCAGGUGUUCGCCGAGCUCAAGGGCGAGGGCCUGUGCGGGCCGCUGGACUACAGCCGGGUCCUGGACCGGUGAGGCUCCGCCCCCCAACCCCAAACCCGCCCCUCCCUCCCUCUCUCUGCUUAGGCGGAGGGGUGGAGACCAAGGCUGAAGUUCCAUCCGUGCUGCACUCUGGUCCCCCUGACGUCCCCCACCACUGGAGUACAACCAAUAUCUGUACCCCAUCCAAUACCCCAUCGCCUCAUACCCCCCCCCAUACCUGUCCUGUGAGAGGCGUUAGUAUGUUCAGCCCUCCCUCUAUCCUUUUAGAGACGUUCCUUCCUGUACUGGAAUGGGGGAAGGGGGGGGGGUACGUUUCAGCUCCUCCGUCCAUUUCGUUCUCUCGUUUUUCCAUUACCUCCCCAAUGCUGAUUUGUUAUUUAUUCAGAGGGGGGGGAGGGGCUUCCGAGAGGCUCCACCCCGUGCAAUCUCCACGGCCAAUCGCACACGACCAAACUGUGUCACACGGGAACUGUUUCGGCAGACGGGGUUUGCGGAAGUCGACGUGACGCUCAGGAUGCGUGGGACACCUGAUUACAGACACAGACACGGUCGCGGGUGGAUGGCUCAAUGUGCGCUGCCGCGGCAACCUCGUACUGCCCGCGGCUGUUGGCAAACAGUAGGCCUUACUCAAGCCGUUGCGUAAAAGAGCCCAAAAUGUUAGCAUGACGCUAAAGCUCCCAGAACACGAGAGAGCCAAGUCUAGUUUAGGACCAGACCAGUUUCGUUCAGGAUAAGGUCAAAUAAGUUUGUGGUUUUUAAAAAAAUUUUUUUAUAGGAAGAUGCUGGCUACAGUUUUUGAAAUUCAUGUUAUAUUUUCACUGCAAAACAACUAAAGUUACGUGAGGGCUUUUUGAUAGCUGAAAAUAACUGAAGAUUUUGUGUUGGGAAACAGACACGCACAUUACUGCUUAUUAAGAGGUUAUUAAAUCAAGGAUUAGCUGUUAGCUGUAACAAGAUUACUGCUGUGUUAGCAUACUGUACCACUUAGGCCAGGAAGUACCGAACUUCCAGUUACUAGAAAUGUAUAGCUCUUUCUGUAAAUGUAGAUGUUAAUUAUUUAUAUUCAAAGUGUCAAAAAAAAGCUAAUUUUGAAGUAACGUAGGCUGUUUAGCUGGCACUUUACUAUCUGAAAACUGCUUAUUAACUGCAUUUUUAAAGGUCACGCUCACUUAGUAAGUAGUAUUGUGUUUGUUGUUUCCAAAGAGUAUGAACUGGCCUUUGAAGUGGUGUAAUUAGGAAAGCUCCUGGUCAUGUGUGCCUUGUCCAGUGUGUGUGUGUGUGUGUGUGUGUGUGUGUGCAUGUGUGUGUCUGUGUGUGUGUGUGGGUGUGUGUGUGUGUGAGUGCAUGUGUGUGUCUGUGUCUGUGUGUGGGUGUGUGUGUGUGUGAGGGGGUGAUGGGGGGCUGUCCAUAGGCUUUUCUCCUGCUAUGAGAUUUUAGGAAGGGUAACUUGGGGAGGAUUCGGUGGAAACGUUCAGCCGAUUGGUUGUUUGGGACAGUCUGGGGCGUCAGCUGUUCACUUGUGCUUAGCCAACCAUUUCCGGUGCCUGUUGUCAGCACCUGGGCUCUGUAGUGCUAAUGAGAUUAGCAGAUUACCCCCCCAAAAACACACACACACACACACAUGCACGCAGACACACACACACACACACACACACACACGCUGGUUCAGCAUCUAAUCGCCUAAUCCCAGCCGGCUGGGCAGCCCGUGGGUUCAGCAGUAGCUGGCCUCGUGUUUCUGUUCCCGUUGAGCUCUGCGUAGGUGGGGGUGGGGGGGUGGGGGUGGUGGGGGCCGGGGUGGAGAGGGUAGCUUAGCUCCAGUCCUGUGUGAGUCUGACCCCGAGUGGAGUGGCCCCCAGGCCCCUCUGUAGAACGGGGGCAGUGGGCUCAAAGGGCCCCACUGUUGAAGGGGGGCGGUGCGGGGUGGGGGUGGGGGGGGGUGUUUGUGAGCGGUUUCGGUUCAGCCGGAGGCAGAUGCAUACUGUCAGCUGGGUGACAUGGAUGCUGCUUAACUUCCGCACUAACACUGCAUUUUCAUUAUCUUUGUGUGUGUGUGUGUGUGUGCGUGUGUGUGUGCGUGUGUGUGCGUGUGUGUGCGUGUGUGUGUGUGCGUGUGUGUGCGUGUGUGUGUGUGUGUGUGACAGACAGAGAAGCAGACAGACGGACACACACACACACAAACACACACACAGAGCAUGCAGAGUACUGGCAUUAAUCCUACUCUAAUCAGCCAUGGGAAGGGAGGGAGGGAAUAAUAAGGCAAUUGAGUGCCCUCAGACCACAUUUGCGUCUCGCUUCCCGUGCCCUGAACCUCCCCUGUACCACAGCGAAGUCCCAGAGACUGGAGAAGUCUUCAGGCUCACAGAGAGCGUAGCGUAGCCAGGUCUCUCAGGAGGGGGGGUCUGACCAGAGCUUUCUGAUAAGGCUCUGGCCAAAAGUGCUUAGAGCAGUGGGAUUAUUCACAUAACCCAGAAGAGAGAGAGAGAAAGAGAGAGAGAGAGAGUGUGUGUGUGUGUGUGUGUCUGUCUGUCUUUCUGUCCGUCUCUCAUCCAAAUCAUUACCUCAUCAGGUCUCUCUCGUAUUGUACGGGGCCCCCCUGCAGAUUUUCGGAGUUAAGGCCUGCUCUUCUCUUGCCUGUCCUUCUUCGCCCCUCUCGACCUGCUCUACCCCAGCCUGGCGCUGACUGGAUAAUCACCCCGUCACUCAUCUCUCACCGCUCACCGAGUGGUCGCUUAAGUCUGGUCGCUGGUUGCUGAUUGGACAGCCUCGGGUUGCCCCCAGAAAAGGGGGCUCGGCCGGGUUCUGCCUGUCGCCGGGCUUUUCGGCAGAACCGGCCCGGAACGCGCAGCCGCGGCUAGCGACGCGCUAACGUGCUAACGCGGCGGCGCGACCCGCGUUCACAGCUCCGCCGGGGGGGAAUACCGGACGCCGCGACAAGGACGAACUGAAACCGGUGACGAGACAGUGAUUCUGCCGCUGACGGAAGGAGACGGUGGGGACGAACGGGCAGAGACUCUGGCUGCCGUCCGCACGAGGGCCGAGAUGAGCCUUCAGCGUCGGUACCGCAGAGCUCAGAGACCUUUAUUUACGGCGCGUGUCCCUGUCAUAGGCCUGGGGAGAGACUGUAAGCAGGGGGGGGCAACGGUGUACGGGCCCCAGGGUUGUGGUGCCUGGGUUUGUCCCUGUUUGUAUUGCUGCUAUGUCCUUGUAAGACUCACACGGCGCACUUUUUUUGUGUCUGCGCGGUGCAGACCGGUUCGGUGUACACUGUUACUAGGUGACACGGCAACCGUGCACCCGUGUUGCUCGGCGACACGGUACCGCGUAGUCGCGUUGCUUAGCGACACGGUACCGCGUACGCAUGUUGCUAAGUGACACAGUACCGCGUACGUGUGUUGUCAUGUAACGAACAGUUCUUUGAAUUUGAUUUUGUUUUGUUGAACUUUUUUUUUUAUAUUGUAUUUUAAAUUAAUGUCUUUUUUUUUGUUAAUUUUAAAAAAAGGUCUAAUUAGUUAAUCCCCGCUGUGGGAUGCCUAAAAUAAACUUUUAUUAGUCUGUUAAUUAUUAUUGCUGAUAUAAAUCUUAUUAUGAAUGUCAAUUUUAUCCAUACCAAGAUAGGGUGAGGUUUAAAUAUAAUCUUACUUUGUUUUUUUGUUUUUUUCCCGUAGCAAAAUGUGAGAUUUCAACAAUGGGAGGGCACACCUGUGUCAUAACCCUGUGGCACAAGCAUAACAUUACUUAAGUGCACAGCUCAACACUUAAACGGUGUUCAUGUAACACUGCAAUAGUGUUAUGCUGCUAGUCAUGUGAGAGACAGACAGGCCUCAGUGGACCUGGCCUGGCCUCAGGGGGCUAUAACCCAGGGAGGAAGUAAGUGGCGAUGUAACUUCCUGUUUCACUUCCUCACAGACUUGUGUAACCAGUCUGCCCCCUGGUUGGCUGUCUGCGUGGCCAGCACAGUGCCAGUCUGCCGUGGAGACAGAGCCGUUUCACGGCUGACAUCGCCAGUGCAGCCAAUUGGCGUCCAGCUCUAGCUCAGAGUGACUGUUAAAGCCCCGCCCACUCAGGUGCCUGUCAGUAUGGCUACGGGAUGUGCUGAUUGGACGCUGCAAUCCUGCAGCAUUACUCAGGCCGUGUUUCGAAUGGUCCCCUGCUCCUCAGGGCGUCAGCCAUUCGCUAGAAGUUGCUAGGAGGGGAACUGGAGGACCAUUUCAGACACAACCCCGUCUCUUUGACCAACCCCCCCCCCCCCCGCCUCAUCCCUCCCCCCACCUACUUACCUGUCAAAUGACUCCCCCCUGCCAGGGCCACCUCAGCCCUGGGGUGACCGGACCCGGUUUCCACGGUUACCCCGCGAGCGUGAAGCAGAGAUGGUACUUGACUUUUGUAAAGCCACCAACCUGCGUGCAGUAUGUAGUUGCAUAGUCACAUGCACUGUUCUUGUCUGAGAAAACUUGAAAAUGAAAAAAAUCAAACGUGUUUGUUAUUCAUGUAUUGCCAUGCAAAAAAAACAAAAAAAAAAAAACAAAAAUGAAAACUUUUUUUUUAUUAUUACUGUUGUUAUUUAAUAAAGUAUUGAGACAGGAGA